AAGACUUUUAAUGGAACAAAAGACCCAAAAAAUACUCAUGUUACAGACUCAAAUACUGAAAGUAAUUUCAGUACAGAUAACUCAUAUAUCGCAAAAUCUACAGAAGAACCUUCUAAAGCAACUGCUACAAACAAACAAAAUAUAUCUGAUAACUCCUCUAAAUCAGAAACCUCUACACCAACCUUGAAAAAAAAAGAAAUCAAUGAUAAAACUACAAAAACCUCAAGUAAUUCAAGUAAUACUCCUGACUCAAAUCAAGAAGAAGAAAACAACAUGAAGAAU